AUGAGUACCGUGACUUUUCUGCAUGUCUCAGGUUUAUGUGGGGACAGAAUCGUUGGGGGCUCAGUGGUUCAACCUUACUCCAUUAAGUAUCAAGCCUCCCUCCAGUACAUCAACACCCACUACUGUGGAGGAAUCCUCAUUCACCCACAGUGGGUGGUGUCUGCCGCCCACUGCUGGAAGCCGACUCAACAGAUGAAAGUGGUCCUGGGUGAAUUCAACCUCUUAGUAGUCGAGGGAUUUGAGCAGACGUUUGACGUCAUAUUUAGCAUCAAAAAUCCUGGCUUCAACAACUGGAUGCUUCUCAACGACAUCAUGCUGUUGAAGUUGGAUCGUCCAGCUGUCAUCAAUGACAAGGUGGAGCCAAUCUCUCUGCCAGAUGCAAGCACUCCCCCUUUGCCAAACUUUUCUCCGUGCACCGUCAGCGGCUGGGGUGUGACGUGGAUGUAUGGCAACACUCUUUCCUCUGAACUGAUGGCUGUAGAUGUGAGUUACUACAGUGACUGCUGGAGUUUCUACUACUUUGGGGUCACAAGCAACAACAUCUGUGCUGGUUCUCCUACAGGAAGUAAAGAUUCUUGUCAGGGUGAUUCAGGAGGACCGCUUGUCUGCAAUGGUAAACUGGAAGGCAUCGUGUCUUGGGGCAUUGGCUGUGGCAUUCCUGAAUACCCUGGUGUCUAUACAAAGGCCAGAAACUACUACACAUGGAUUAAAUCGGUCAUCAAUAAUAAUUAAAAAAAAUGACUUCACUCA